AUGCGCCCAACUAUCGAUCAAACCACGUAUUUCAAUGCUCAAGGAUAUGCUCUUACUACCUGGAACACACUUAUUUUCCUCUCGUUAUCCACCUACAUGGACAGCCCAGAGGAUGGCGAUAUCCAUGAAGAACCAUUGCUUUAUCAGCCAUCUCGACUUCCGCAAAUCUUCGUUCUCAUUUUCAAAAACAGAAUUCCCCCCUCGUACACCAUUCGCCCGAGUCUACUCACUGAUCACAAGGACCUGUAUACAAACCUAGUGCACGAUUCUACGAUCACUGACACUUCGUUUUCUCACGGAACUCUCGCAUCGUAUUCCACAUGUCUGACCCAGAUGGGUAUUUGUAAAAGAGGACAGCAUGGAAGUAGGAUGGAUGUGUUAUUAGCUAUCUACACUUUUACAAUCACUAUCGCUUCUCACAUUUCUCGUUCUCAGACAGUUGGUGCAUUAAUAAUCGACACCCUACUUCCGCCUUCAUGCACGAUUCCGUACUUCCUCUCCGCCCAGAUGGAGGAUAAUGAAGACGUCCAGAGCCAGUACGAUCUGAUCAAAGUGCGCUCGAUGCCUUUCGACUUGAACUCCAAAUUUCUUUCCUACUCAACACUUGUUAUCUCCUUACAACGCACAAUCAUUCAGGACAGCAUAUACUCACCCCAUGUCAAUCAGCCAUAUAUGGAUGAUAUUGGGUCGGCAUUCGUCUGGCCCUGGGCGUUCAGCUGUCCGAACUCAGACACAUCACCUCUACUCUAG